AUGGCCGACUUGGCGUUUGCCGAAAACGGAAUCGACGGGAUUUUCCUAGGCGCUUUCAAAGAUUUAGCAUACAGUGUUCUCCGAAGCCUCCCUAGCGAUACCGACUCCAACGACACCACAAUCCCAAAUUCUGUGCACACGAUUGCUACCCAGUUGAACCGGGAGUUCGCUAGACUUUCCUAUGUUGUCGAAGUCAUCCAAGCCCGGUUACACGAGGACCCAGCAUGGGUAACAACAGCGAUCAGAGCGUACGAGCUGCUGACCGUAUUCAUCGACGACGACUUCACGCACCCAGACCCGCAGAUGCAGGGCCUUAGGGGAGCCUUCCUGAUUCGGUACCAACUCAUGCGAGCGUGUCAGGUGCAGUUCGGCGAGAUGAUGAGGAUGGAGGUGUGGAGUCUGGGGUUUAUCGACUUCCUUGGCCAACUGUGUAACACAGGGAGAAUUACAAGUCUAACUCCUGGGAUCGCGCUCAACGUUAUGGAAGGCAUGGUGUGUUCUGGUCAUCUCGCUCUACACGACAACUUCGAUCUCCUCGUUGGUUUCGUCCUGCGUGCGGGUCCGUUCCUUGAUACUCAGACACAGCAGUUUCGGGAUCUGCUGACGGAGAAAGUCCAACAGCUUCGGCAGCGGACGAACAACAUCAGCAUAUCGAUGCAAAUGGCUGUUUAUGGUAUCAUGCAGUUGAGGGAAAAGGGUUGGUUGAUGGAACAGUUGGAUGGCGGAACCGCGCAACAAGAUCCCAUGAGUAUGGUCAGAUGGUCGCCAUAG